GCCGGGAAGGGGCGGGGCAUGCCCCUACCCGCGGAGGCCGGGAGGACCAGGAACCUGGGAGAGCAUGGCCACGCUGCGCCGGCUUCGGGAGGUUCCGCGGCACUUACUGGUUUGCGAGAAAUCCAACUUCGGCAACCACAAGUCGCGCCACCGGCAUAUCAUUCAGACGCACUAUUAUAACUACAGGGUUUCAUUUCUCAUUCCUGAAUGUGGGAUACUAUCAGAGGAACUGAAAAACCUGGUCAUGCAAACUGGACCCUAUUACUUUGUGAAGAAUUUACCUCUUCAUGAAUUAAUUACACACGAAUUCAUCAGUACCUUUAUAAAGAAAGGUUCUUGCUGUGCACUAACAUACAAUACAAAUAUCGAUGAAGAUAAUACUGUUGCCCUGCUACCAAAUGGGACAUUAAUUUUGUCAUUGGAUAAAGACACUUAUGAAGAAACUGGACUUCAGGGUCGUCCAUCUCAGUUUUCUGGCAGAAAAAUUAUGAAAUUUAUUGUUUCCAUUGAUUUGAUGGAAUUAUCUUUAAACUUGGAUUCUAAGAAGUAUGAAAGAAUAUCUUGGUCCUUCAAAGAAAAGAAGCCAUUGAAAUUUGAUUUUCUUUUGGCUUGGCAUAAUGCAGGGUCAGAAGAGUCAACAAUGAUGUCAUACUUUUCCAAGUACCAAAUUCAGGAGCAUCAGCCAAAAGUGGCACUGAGCACAUUGAGAGAUCUCCAGUGCCCAGUGCUGCAGAGCAGCGAGCUCGAGGGAACGCCGGACGUGUCCUGCCGGGCACUGGAGCUCUUCGACUGGCUCGGCGCCGUCUUCAGUAAUGUCGACCUAAAUAAUGAGUCCAAUAAUUUCAUAUCAACCUAUUGCUGCCCUCAGCCAAGCACAGUGGUGGCAAAAGCUUAUUUGUGUACAAUCACUGGCUUCAUACUUCCAGAGAAGAUCUGUCUCCUGCUGGAACGUCUCUGUCACUACUAUGAUGAACCAAAAUUAGCUCCGUGGGUUACAUUGUCCGUUCAAGGCUUUGCAGACAGCCCUGUUUCUUGGGGAAAAAAUGAACAUGGUUUUCGAAAAGGAGGAGAACAUUUAUACAACUUUGUGAUUUUUAAUAAUCAGGACUAUUGGCUUCAGAUGGCUGUUGGGGCAAAUGAUCACUGUCCACCCUAAAAAAUAAAAAAUUAAAAAUCA